CUUCGGCUGGGACGGCAGCAGCCGCAUGUUCAACUGGCACCCUGUGCUGAUGGUGGCCGGGAUGGUGGUGCUGUACGGGGCUGGUGAGUGCGGCUCUGGGGGGCACCUCGGGCACGUCGCCCAGCAGACGUUCUUCUCCCUCCACGGUCCCUUCCUAAAUCCACCGGAUUAUUGGGAAGAAAAUACUCUUGUCUUAGCCCUCCGGUCUGUGCUCUGCCGACAGGAGUAUUUGGGGAGCUCCGUGGUGAGGAGGGGGUGAGGCGGGCUGGGGAAGGAGGCCACGAUUCCAGGUUCUCCCCUUUAUGGGAGUAAAAGCCUCGGCCCGAGGGGGCCUCUGGGGGCAGCGUGCAGACUCCGGCCCCCUCCCACCCCCAGCCGGCCGUGGCCUGCUCUUUGCUCUUUUCUCUUUUCAUCUUUCUGAGACACACAGCACAGGCUGCUUGGGUAGAGACUGAGGUUCCCAUCCUAGCCUGGCUGCACACUGCCUAUGGGAGGGACCUGGGGCGAGAGGAACUUCCCCUCUCUAGGCCUCAGUUUCCUUGUUUGUAAGAUGAGGGGGUUGUCCCGGGGGGUCCCUUUUAGCUCUAAGGGGAGCCGUGCCCCCUCUGUGCCCUCUGCCCUGAGCUCUGCCCGCCUCCUUCCCUCGGGCCGGCGGAGGCUCCGAGGUGGGGGACGAGCCCUGGCUUCUGGCCUCCCUGCAGCCUCCUUGGUGUACCGCCUGCCCCAGGCCUGGCUCGGGCCCAAACUGCCGUGGAAGCUGCUCCACGCGGCGCUGCACCUGGCGGCCUUCGUCCUGACGGUGCUGGGGCUGGUGGCCGUCUUUGACUUCCAUCGCCACAGCCACAUUGCACACCUCUACUCCUUGCACAGCUGGCUGGGGAUCACCGCCGUUGCCCUUUUUGCCUGCCAGUGGUUCCUGGGCUUUACCAUCUUCCUGUUACCCUGGGCAUCCCUGUGGCUUCGCAGUCUCCUCAAGCCCCUCCAUGUCUUUUUUGGGGCCACCAUCCUGGCCCUCUCCAUGGCCUCUGUCGUCUCUGGAAUCAAUGAGAAGCUCUUCUUCAGUCUGAAGAACGUGACCGCCCCCUACUCCAGCCUCCCCCCAGAGGCCCGCUUUGCCAACGCCACUGGGAUGCUGGUGCUCCUCUUCGGAGUCUGUGUGCUCUACGUCCUCCUGGCCUCCUCGUGGAAACGGCCCGAACCGGGGCUCCUGAGCGACAGACAGCCCCUGCUGCAGGAGGGAGAAUGAGGCACGGAGGGCCCCCAGGAGCAGGCCUUGCCAGCCGCGCUCCCCCAAGCUCCGCUCCGCCGGGGACUCCGGAAUGGCCUGGACUCCGGUGCUUGCUUGGCUCUAACCCUUGGGCUCCCGGCCUGCUGCUUGCCCAACGGCGCUGGCUUGUGCACCUCUCGGACCUUCCUGAGGCCCUUCUGUGAGGCUCGGCUCCCAGCUCCCUGCUCCAGAGGGCUGGGCCUGUGUCCAGUGGCCGCCUCACCGCACCUGCCUCCGCGCCUCCCCCCAUGGGCCACUCCGGGCUGGGCAGGGGCGGCCCUGCGGGAGGCACCCAGAGCUGUCUGCGAAUGGGUGGGUGGGCCGCGGCCCUCGGGGGGGGAAGGGGCUGCAGCCCUCGGAGUGAGGUGGCUGCUCCGACUGUCACUCCCUCUAGCUUCUGCUCCAGCUGGGCCCUGGAUCUUCCCCUGUUGCUUACAUGCCUGUGGCCUGCUGGCAGUCACAAGAACUCUGAUCACUGGC